AUGGUUAAAUUUGCACCACUCCAUUACCAACAUAAGCUUUUAUGCCGAAUUCUCCCCAUGUCCUUUACCCAUAAAGAGUCUUAUUCCAUAUUAAAAUCUGCAAAAAUCAGCGUUCACCUACUAUUGCGCCAUUCGAAAAAUCCCAUUCUGUCUGCACUUAAUGCCACUGUAAAGGCUGGUACCUGGCGAGCGAACGAGGCAGUGGACACGGUUGCUACAUAUGAUGUCUUACCAUCCCCAAACAAUCUAAAACGUUGGAAAAUAAUUACUGAAUCAUCUUGUUUUUUGUGCCACAAAGAAAUCUGCACCUCUGCUCACAUUCUGGGUGCAUGUAAAAUAGCUCUAGUUCAGGGAAGUUAUACGUUUAGGCACGAUUCGGUGCUAGUGCACUUGGUUGACACUUUAAAACAAUUCCUCUCAACACUUCCACUUACCAUCUCCAGGAAAUGUAAUUCUAUGACUUUUGUUAAGGCAGGUGCUUAUGUUAGUCCCAAAUCAAAGACAAAGGUUACAGGUAUAUUGUAUCUCACCAACGAUUGGAUAGUUGUUGCCGACACUAGUCCAAACUUUGUUUUUCCAGGCCACAUUGCUGUGACACAACUAAGACCUGAUAUAGUUAUAUUUUCAAAUAAACUUAACCGAGUUGUAAUUAUCGAACUCACUUGCCCUUGCGAGGAAAAUGCAAACUAUUGGCACUCCACCAAAGUCACUAAAUAUUCCUGCUUGGUUAACGUAAUUCUGUCCAGUGGUUGGCAAGUUGAUUUCUUUGCUGUAGAAGUAGGGGCAAAAGGUUAUUGCGCGAGAACAACCACGGCGUGUCUGAAAAGGCUGGGUUUUUCCAACAAAAUGGCAUAUUCCAUCGCAAAAUACCUUGGUAAAAUCAGUAUGACAGCUUCUUUUUGUGUAUGGAUUGCUCGGGGUCAAGAGACUGGUCUCAAGACUCCUUAA